GCGGGAUUCGUCUUCGGCCCUCAUUUGUUCCACCGCAACUCCCUGAUAUUCCCAUGAGAAUCGCUCACUGACACCCAUCAUGUCCUCUAUUUUCGAAGACUUCAUCUCGGGUCAGAGAAUUGGCUCUGGCCCUCGUCUAGCAGCCGCUCUGAGCCCGGUCGCAUCCGCCGCGAAUCCCAGCCGAUUGUUGUCGUUUUACUACUUCUCCAAUGCCGCUCACGUCUCCUCCGAUCUUCGCUAUUCCCUAUUUCAGUCAAGCGGUGUCAAACUCCCCCGGCAAGAACAAAAUGCAUGGAUCGAUAUCUUUACGGCGUACUGGAAAGCUGCUGGGGAGCUCGUCAAGUUCGAGGAGAACCCCUCCCAAGGUAGCUGGGUCCAGGUGUUCGAAGCGUGGAGAGAGGUGUCAAAUACUUUGGUUCGGGGCUACUCGCAUUCGGGGCUCCAGGCAUGGACUGUGCCAUGUCUAUACGUUGUUGGGAAAUACCUGCGUCUCUUUGCGAUCCGAGCAGACGCGGAAUCGUCGUCUCAAAACUCCGUUUCGUUUGGAGAUCGCCUUCAGGAAGAUAUCGCGGCGGAUUUUACCAAGAGCGCCAAGCUGGAAUCGGCCGCGUGGAUGAUGAACAGAAUGUUCACCCUGUGCCUCAGUGACCGGGCACCUCUCGAGGAAUCGCGGAAGUGGGGUGUCUACAACAUGACCAACCUCUUGUUCAAGACAUACUUCAAGAUCAACUCCGUCGGGCUGACUAAGAACUUACUCCGCGCGCUGGGUGCUGCGUCGGCAGACCUUCCGGGCUUGGAUGCUUUUCCCAAGGCCCACGUAGUGACCUUCAAGUACUAUGUUGGGGUCAUCAAUUUCUUGGAUGAAAAAUAUGAAGAGGCCGAAUCUCAUUUGGCGGAAGCGUGGAGAAUGUGCUACCGGGAUUCUCCCAGAAACAAGGAGUUAAUCCUUACAUACCUGGUACCCUGUCAUCUUGUCACAACGCAUACGCUGCCAAGCCAGCGUCUGCUGUCAUCGUUCCCUCGACUCGAGAAAUUGUUCCGCCCGCUUUGCGAAUGUAUCCGGAAAGGGGAUCUCCAAGGCUUCGACACGGCCAUGUCAGCAGGAGAGGAGGAGUUUGUGAAGAGGCGCAUCUAUCUACCUCUCGAAAGAGGUCGUGACAUCGCACUGCGCAACCUUUUCCGAAAAGUGUUUAUAGCAGGGGGCUUCGAAGAAGGCAAGGAUGGCCAACCUCCGAUCCGGCGAACCCGCGUUCCAGUUGCCGAGUUUGCAGCUGCGAUACGCAUCGGCACCCAUGCAAGUGAUAGAACGCGUGUCGACAUUGACGAGGUGGAGUGUUUGCUGUCCAAUCUCAUUUACAAGGGUCUAAUGAAGGGCUAUAUUGCCCGUGAACGCGGCAUGGUUGUCCUGAGCAAGGGCGGCGCCGCAUUUCCCGGAACCGGUGUAUAAACUACUACGGCUCCAGAUAAAUCAGAAUGCUAAUCGACAUAACCAACGCUAGCACUCUGUCGUUCCCUCAAUCAAGUUGGAAAUCUAGGUGACAAAACAUACGCCUAAACUCAGCCAACGGUCCCAGGAGUCUCUGCAGUGAGACAUUGGACACCAAGCAAUCCCUUCUGUUGCGCUCCAUACAAGAGAAUUGAUAAUUCCGGUCACACAUACCGGUAAUCACACGAGGAUUAGCGGGGGUAUAUUGAACAAAAAACACACUAGCAGAUCACAUCUCCGCUCCAAACAGCAAUCCAGCAGGGAUUAGAAUGGUUUCAGUUCCCCGGUGGAAGAGAAAUCAGAUAGUUUGGCUUACGACUGCAAAGUAGACGUUUCACGAGUUAUGAGAUUAUUCAAUUAUCCAUCAGUGCAUACUCAAAC